CGAGGCCUGCUCUUGGGGAGCCUGCCCGGCCCGGGGGCUGUGUCUGAGACUCUGCUGUGGCAGACCGGGGCCGGGUCUGGGGCGGCCGGUCCGGGGACAACUGUUCAACCGCUCUAACUGUCCCCUCCCCACCCUGGCCCGAGGUGUGGCCCUCCACGGGCGCCUGCAAGAGAACGAGCCCCGCGGCCUUCGGAGGAUGUGUCCCCCGUUCCAGGGUGGGGUGAGGGAUGGCGGUGACGGAGGCCGGGACGUGGCACCGUGGGCCGGGGCGCUGGUGGCGCAAGGAGUGGCCCAGUCGGAGGUGGCAGCGGCGCGCAGCCCUCCCUCCUCCCCCUCCUCCAAAUCCCUUCAACUGUGCGGGUUGCUUGGAGCCGAGUCGGAUUUUGAUCUCAGCGCCUCUCUCCCGUGGGGGGCGAGAGCAGCCCAAGUUCGGCUCCGCUUGGCAGUCGCGUGACUCCCCACUCGGAACUGCUAAUCACCCCCUUGGAGUUUAGGAAAGUGUCACCAACGGGCUCGGAUUACUUGUGCUCACCUCUGUUUUGUUGUAAGCGGAGAGGUGACCCUUUAAGUUUUGCAAAGGAAACUUUCUUGAUCAUGGAUGGUGAAGAUAUACCAGAUUUUUCAAGUUUAAAGGACGAAACUGCUUAUUGGAAGGAACUUUCCUUGAAGUAUAAACAAAGCUUCCAGGAAGCUCGAGAUGAGCUAGUUGAAUUCCAGGAAGGAAGCAGAGAACUAGAAGCAGAGUUGGAGGCACAAUUAGUACAGGCUGAACAAAGAAAUAGAGACUUGCAGGCUGAUAACCAAAGACUGAAAUAUGAAGUGGAGGCAUUAAAGGAGAAACUAGAACACCAAUAUGCACAGAGCUACAAACAGGUCUCAGUAUUAGAAGAUGAUUUAAGUCAGACGCGGGCCAUUAAGGAGCAGCUACAUAAGUACGUGAGAGAGCUGGAGCAGGCCAAUGACGACCUCGAGCGAGCGAAAAGGGCAACAAUAGUUUCACUGGAAGACUUUGAACAAAGGCUAAAUCAGGCCAUUGAACGAAAUGCAUUUUUAGAAAGUGAACUUGAUGAAAAGGAAUCUUUGUUGGUCUCUGUACAGAGAUUAAAGGAUGAAGCAAGAGAUUUAAGGCAAGAACUAGCAGUUCGGGAAAGACAACAGGAAGUAACCAGAAAGUCUGCUCCUAGUUCUCCAACUCUAGACUGUGAAAAGAUGGAUUCUGCUGUCCAAGCAUCACUCUCUUUGCCAGCUACUCCUGUUGGCAAAGGAACAGAAAACAGUUUUCCUUCACCAAAAGCUAUACCAAAUGGUUUUGGUACCAGUCCACUCACUCCUUCUGCUAGGAUAUCAGCACUAAACAUUGUGGGGGAUCUCUUACGGAAAGUAGGGGCUUUAGAAUCCAAAUUAGCAGCUUGCAGGAAUUUUGCAAAGGACCAAGCUUCACGAAAAUCAUAUAUUUCAGGGAAUGUUAACUGUGGGGUGCUGAAUGGCAACGGCACAAAGUUUUCUCGAUCAGGUCAUACGUCUUUCUUCGACAAAGGGCAAGAAAAAGUCAUAUUUCCCACGUUGUUCAUGGGGCAGUAAAUGGCUUUGACUCAGCUCCUCCUCCUCCUGGCCUGGGCUCCUCGCGCCCAUCGUCAGCACCGGGUAUGCUGCCUCUCAGUGUGUGAGUGCCCAGUCUCCAGGUGAGGGCUCCUGCCCUCCUCCAACAACCCAGGACACCCACGCCUCACCCCUCGGUGCCCGGGCCCAGCCCUGUGUCCCUCUGUCUGCCUUCCCAUGGCUGGCAGAGGGCAGGCUGCAUGCGUGGCGGCUGCUGGGCCCUGCCCAGCCCCAGGACUCUGCGCGAUAUCAAUACUGGCUAUUUUCUCUUCUCGCCGUAGUGCCGUUGGUUUCACAUGAUUGCACUUUUGUGGGUCACAAGGUGAUACAUACGUGUAUUACUUGGUCACUGGAUGCAGAAGUACCCAUCCAUCACACCUGCCUCAUAGCCCCCACUCUGCUGUACUGAUAGAAUUUAGUUGUGUUUAGGACAUUGCAAACCUAGAAGUUCUCCCCCAAAUCAGGUCAAUGUGUGCCCUCCUCCUGAGCUCCCACCCAACAUUUUCAGUGCUCAUGAUCAUGUGUCCCCCCCAACUCCACCCCUCACAGUUUGGGCGUGUUUCUGGCAGAGUCAGGAAGGUUACUGAAUUAGGGAACAUUUUCUGCACCUUCUGAUUUUACUUAAACAGUUGCCAUUCCAUGGACUUGCCUCCCAGAACAGCAAAAUGCCCAUGUGAACCGGCAAGAGUCUCUGGGGCCUGGGCUUGCACAGGCUGAACCUCUGUGCUGUCUCCUCCUCCGUGUGCCUCAGACUCGGGGGGUGGGGGGGCAACCUCUCGCCAGCUUUCCGGUCCUUCAGUUCAAUGCCAUCUUCACAGCGUUUUUUGUUUUCUCUUCCAAGGGCCCGUCCAGUUGUGUUAGGAAGGGUUGAGUGGCCUGAUUCCAGGACUGGCUGGUGCUGGCUCCUGGGGGGCAGACUGACCAAAAGUGGUUGUCCCUGUGCAUCCUUUGAUUACUCUCAUGCUGCAUUUACUGUUUACAUUUGUUUUAUUGUACAUAGGUUUGUAAACAUUAUUGCCUAAGAUAUUUGUAUAUAACUUGGGCUUUGUAGCUUUUAUUUAUUCAGAACUCAUAUGGCAUGUUAAUGACUUACGAUGGUGUCCUACUCUGGACAGCUGUAUAGGAUCAUCAUGUGGUUAAAAAAAAACUUCCCCUCAAAAAAAGUCUUUUAAUGUGGAAACAAUAAAUUUCACAGAAAAAAAGGA